AUGUCCGUACUGCUAGUGGGCAAGUACGUCGAGGUCGACAAGAGGCCGAGGGACAAGCUCAACCCGGACCAGUGGCACGCACUCACCGCCCUCCAUAGCACCCUGCUCCACGAGCACCACCACUUCUUCCUCGCGUGUCAGCACCCGUUGGCCAGCCCGGCGGUGAGGGGGCUGGCGGAGAGGCACGCCAUUCCGGCCCCCUAUUCCAUGAUAGCUCUACUUUUCGAGACGGCGCCCGCAUUCGAGGAUACGUGGAUCAAAUGCCUCGGUGAACUCGCUCGUUACUACAUCAGAUCUGAGCUCGUCAGCCAAUAA